AAACUCAAACCGAUCACUCCCAAUUCCAAACAGUCAAUACAGACCUAACCCAUUUCCAAAAUGUUCAAGUUGGUGGUAUUGUCUGCUCUGCUCGCCGUAGCCGCUGCCCGUCCCGGUCACCUGUUGGAGUCCUCACCGCUGGUCUACGCUGCCCCAGCAGCGACGACCAUCGUCCAGGAGCCCGUUCUGGCCAAGGUGGGAGCCGUGGUAAAGAGCGUGCCCACUGCCGUCAGCCACCAGAGCCAGUCGGUGGUGCACAGUCACGCUCAUGUUGUCGAGGAUGUCGUUGCUCCCGUGGUGAAGUCCACUCCGGUGGUCAGCUAUGCUGCUGCCGCUCCAGUGGUUCACACCUCAUAUGCCGCUGCUCCCGUUGUCCACACCAGCUACGCUGCUGCUGCUCCAGUGGUUCACACCUCCUACGCCGCCGCUGCUCCCGUUCUGGCCACAUCCUACGCCCAAGUGGCCGCCUCCUCGCCGCUGACCUACACCGCCACUGGUGUGUGGUAAAUCCAUGGCCAGGCCCACUCCGAAUCCUACUCCUCCCACUGUUGACAGGUGACCAGGAUGCGUGUGCAUCGCUGGACGGUUUUGUGAUACGAAUUUUAAAUAAAUAAAUGUUUUGCUUUGAAA